CCUCGGCGUUUCGCCUCUUCCAGGGGCAUUGGAAAACAGGGCCUGCAGUGCCAAGUCUGCAGCUUUGUGGUCCACCGGCGAUGCCACGAAUUUGUGACCUUCGAGUGUCCAGGCGCUGGGAAGGGCCCCCAGACGGACGACCCCCGAAACAAGCACAAGUUCCGCCUACACAGCUACAGCAGCCCCACCUUCUGCGACCACUGUGGCUCCCUCCUUUACGGCUUGGUUCACCAGGGCAUGAAAUGCUCUUGCUGCGAGAUGAACGUCCACCGCCGCUGUGUGCGCAGCGUGCCCUCCCUGUGCGGAGUGGACCAUACCGAGCGCCGUGGGCGCCUGCAGCUGGAAAUCCGAGCCCCGACUUCAGAUGAGAUCCACGUCACCGUGGGCGAGGCCCGUAACCUUAUUCCGAUGGACCCCAAUGGCCUGUCAGAUCCCUACGUGAAACUAAAGCUCAUCCCGGACCCUCGGAACCUGACCAAGCAGAAGACCAGGACUGUGAAAGCCACGCUAAACCCUGUGUGGAACGAAACCUUCGUAUUCAACCUGAAGCCGGGUGACGUGGAGCGCCGGCUCAGUGUGGAGGUGUGGGACUGGGAUCGGACUUCCCGCAACGACUUCAUGGGGGCCAUGUCCUUCGGGGUGUCGGAGCUACUCAAGGCGCCUGUGGACGGCUGGUACAAGUUACUGAACCAGGAGGAGGGCGAGUAUUACAAUGUGCCGGUGGCUGAUGCUGACAACUGCAGCCUCCUCCAGAAGUUUGAGGCCUGUAACUACCCGCUGGAACUCUAUGAGCGGGUGCGGAUGGGCCCCACGGGCUCUCCCAUCCCGUCUCCAUCUCCCAGUCCCACGGACUCCAAGCGCUGCUUCUUCGGCUUGAGCUCGGGCCGCCUGCACAUCUCCGACUUCAGCUUCCUCAUGGUUCUUGGGAAAGGCAGCUUCGGAAAGGUGAUGCUGGCGGAGCGCAGGGGCUCUGACGAGCUCUACGCCAUCAAGAUCCUCAAGAAGGACGUGAUCGUGCAGGACGAUGACGUGGACUGCACGCUGGUGGAGAAGCGCGUGCUGGCGCUGGGGGGCCGAGGCCCGGGUGGCCGACCCCACUUCCUCACUCAGCUGCACUCCACUUUCCAGACUCCGGACCGCCUGUAUUUUGUGAUGGAGUACGUCACUGGGGGUGACUUGAUGUAUCACAUCCAGCAACUGGGCAAGUUUAAGGAGCCCCAUGCAGCGUUCUACGCAGCAGAAAUCGCCAUUGGGCUUUUCUUCCUUCACAAUCAGGGCAUUAUCUACCGGGACCUGAAACUGGACAACGUCAUGCUGGACGCGGAAGGACACAUCAAAAUCACUGACUUUGGCAUGUGCAAAGAGAAUGUCUUCCCGGGGAGCACCACCCGCACCUUCUGUGGGACCCCAGACUACAUAGCCCCCGAGAUAAUUGCCUACCAGCCCUAUGGGAAGUCCGUGGAUUGGUGGUCCUUUGGAGUUCUGCUUUAUGAAAUGCUGGCGGGACAGCCCCCGUUUGACGGGGAGGAUGAGGAGGAGCUGUUUCAAGCCAUCAUGGAACAGACGGUCACCUACCCCAAGUCUCUCUCCCGGGAAGCCGUGGCCAUCUGCAAGGGGUUCCUGACCAAGCACCCUGCAAAGCGCCUGGGCUCCGGGCCGGACGGCGAACCCACAAUCCGCGCUCACGGGUUUUUCCGCUGGAUCGACUGGGAGCGCUUGGAGCGGCUGGAGAUUGCCCCUCCUUUCAGACCCAGGCCGUGCGGCCGUAGUGGCGAGAACUUUGACAAGUUCUUCACGCGCGCAGCGCCCGCGUUGACCCCACCAGACCGCCUGGUACUGGCCAGCAUCGACCAGUCCGACUUUCAGGGCUUCACCUACGUGAACCCCGACUUCCUGCACCCAGACGUCCGCAGCCCCACUAGCCCGAUGCCCGUGCAAGUCAUGUAAUCUCAGCUGCUGCCACUAGGUGUCCCUACUGCCUCCUCUGCCAGCGCCACCCCACUCCAGCUCCACCCCCACCACAGCUUACUUCCUCCGGAGCCUCCUGGGGUCUAGAUACGCCCCACGACCACCGCUCCCUCCCCUCCCCCCAAUCUCUAGCAUCCCAGGCUCCAAACAGACCCCGGAGCCUUCCCGUGUUCUAGACUGAACUAUGAGCUCUAGAUUUCCCCCAGCCUCCUGGACCCUGUCCCUGCUCCAGGGGAUUCCAGACAAGCAUCCCUCCCCAUCGGUUCUGCGCCUCUCCUCCACGCCCACUCUGGGGACAGUCUCAUGGGGAGGGCUGUUACAGAAUGAACCCCCACCCCCACUCCAGUUCUGGAGUAAUUGGGAGGCUGUGCCCCCCUGCUCCCGUAACAACCCCCUCCUCCGCUCUCCCCGCCUUGACGGUGGCGUCCCUGGGAUAAAAGGAGGACCCUUCCCCUACGGUCUGCUUUCGUUCUAGACACUUCUACCCCGAAACCCAUCACUGCUCUGCCAGUGCAUGGCCCCGCCCUGCUCGGAACCCCCUUCCCGCCCCCAUGCCUGCCUUUCUCUGGGACACCCCCAGCCCCCACCCCAGCCCCACGCCCACACACACGCUGCCUCUCCUGCACCGGCCACAGCUGCUGGAGAAUAAAUUUGGGAUGCUGAUGCUGAA